GAAAAGGGUGACAUGUACAGCAACAAGCAGGAUAUUUCUGCGUACUACGUCACAGAUCAUUUGUAAGGUUCUGCAUAGCAAACCAUCGUAUUGCUAGCGUCACGUCGCCGUUAGCAAAACCCGAGAGGUCUGGUCAUGGAGGAGCAUAGUCUGACCUGCAUUAUCUGCUUGGAGCGUUACAAAUACCCAGUGACUAUCCCUUGUGGCCACACAUUCUGCAAGGUAUGCAUAUCCAAACACUGGGAUCAGAUAGAGCGAGGUGGACAUCAGAACACAUCAUUCAACUGCCCAGUUUGCAAAAAGACUUUCACUGAAAGACCCACUCUGAACCGAAAUGUGUCCCUGUCCGUUUUGAGCGAAGUGGCAGCCAACAGCAAAGCAGAGAGAGCUGCCGGUGUGGCGUGCAGGACAGACCGUGUCGAAGAUGGCUAUGAAGAGCUCUGUCCUUGCCAUCAAAAGCCUCUUAUCUUCUACUGCAGGAGCGAUCAUAUGUGUGUGUGCUCUGUGUGCUCUGUGAAAGAAUGCAAAGACCAUGACAAGGUGUUGGUGGAAGAAGAAAGGAGUAACAGAGAGGAGGGACUGAAGAAGAAGUCCAUAGAGAUUGGAAAAUGCAUGGAGGAUACAGAGAACAACAUUCAGGCACUUUCUGAAAAUAUCACUGAAGCUAAAGUGUCCCUGCAGCAGACGUCUCAGUGGGUGAGCGCCAAGUUCUCCCAGCUGCUAAAGGUGCUGACUGAGAAACAGGAAGUGACGCAGAGUUUCUUGGAGCAGCAGCAGGCCAGCACUGUGGCUCAGGCUGAGACUCAGCUCAGCAACCUGCAGGAGAAACUCGAGCAGCUCAGAGGGCUACAGGAGCAGAUCAGCAGCCUCUGUUCCCUCCCAGACUGCCAGUUUAUUCAGGUCUCCAGGCUGGUUGAGGUUCCUCAGGUGGGUUCCGUUCCUGUAGAUGUCACUGUAAACCUUCAGGAGAAGCUGAAUCCGGUCACGGACAUUCUGUCUCGCAUCUCAAAGAUGGUGUGUGAGGACCUGGAUAAAGCUGUGUAUGCAGCUGUGAGCCACAACAAAGAAGGCUCUCCUCAAGACAAGAGACCAAUGCUUGCUGUAGUACCAAGUCCAGCCACUCCACCUUACCCAGCAGGAAAGGAAGGCCUCAUUCAAUACCGUUGUUCAUUGACCUUUAACCCUUGUACGGCCAACGCUCACCUCGUGCUUUCUCAGAACAACCGACGGGCAGAGCACCUGAGCUCAGGACCACAUACAGUGCCAACCGACGAGGCGCGCUUUGAUUACACCUGGCAGGUUUUGUGCUCAGAGAAUUUCACACAUGGCCGCCACUACUGGGAGCUGGAGGUGUCUAAGCCUUGGGCAUAUGUAGGUGUGACAUACCCAGGCAUCCCACGCAAGGAGAAAGGCAGGACAUCCAUGCUGGGAAUGAAUGAUCUCUCAUGGAGCCUGGAGCUGAACGAACGCCAGCUCACUGCUUGGCAUGGCAGCCACGGAGACCCUGUAUCAGGUGAGCUGCAGUUAAGCAAGCGGCCUCUGCGCAUCGGAAUGCUGCUGGACUACGACGAAGGCACUCUGGCUUAUUAUGGUGAGAACCAGGUGAGGCUGCACGCCUUCCACUGCAUCUUUUCCCAUGAGCUCUAUCCUGCCUGCUGGAUCGGGGAGGGGGUCAGCGUCACUCUCUGCCCAAUGUGAACAUCUUUUUCCUCUGCAGCAAAUGAACAAGCACACCAUAAGGUCACUUAUGUUCACUGGUGUAGGGAAGUAGUUCCAGGCCUCCAACAACUGUUGUGGAGAUCGUCACCACUAACGCGAGCUUCUAGCAAAAGCCACUUCCUGAAAACUGGACUUUUAUUAGAAAAACAAACUGAGGCACUUUGCUCAAAGACAUUAUAGAAAGAUGCUAGAGCACAAGUUUUGUAUUUAAUAUAAUAUGAACAUCCUUAUUACUUAACUACUAUCACUUAUUUUCUGAUGUUCCAUUUGUUUUUAAGUUAAACAUCGUGUUGCACAUCAUGCACUUUUUGGCAUGGUGAACAUUUUCGGUACUACUAAAAUAAGCCAUGGCCUCACAAUAAGGCAUAUUUAUCUUUACACGGGGCAGAAAAGUGGACCAUGCGGUUAAUAUCAAUCGUUACACGUCUAAGGCUCUAUUUAAUAGAGCUUCCCAGUUCCUGAGGAAACAGGACUCAUGCCUGAUUGAUUGUAUGCAUUCAGUAAGUUACUGAUUUACAGCAUAUUAGUAGUGUAAUUUACAAAUUCCUGAACAGAGAUAAAACUUUUAAUAAUUAUUAAUGAGCAAUGAGCUCAGUGUCUGCUCACGACUUUAUUAAUUUAAGGUUUAAUAAUUAGUCAUUAUUUGUUUUCUCCUGCUGAGAGCAAGGCAAGCUACACGGGAAACAUCUUUUUUUUUUUUGCAAUUUAUUAUUCUGUACAUCUAACACUAUUCAGGAGUUUUGUCUUUCAAUGUAGUAUCACCUUUUUUUCAUCAUCUGUAGAUUCUCUGUUCUUCGGGUGAGUGAAUGUGGUCAUGCGACACAUGUCUACACGUCGGUCACAGUGAAUAAGGAGGAGUAGUGAUUUGCAGUGAGACAUGAAUUGGGAUUUUAUUUGUGUGUGUGUGUGUGUGUGUGUGUGUGUGUGUGUGUGUGUGUGUAGAACCACUCCAAAAUAUUAUUAGCUGUACAAUAUAUAAAACGUAAACGGCUUUGAGCUUUUUAGGUUUAAGGUACUAUGAAUUACAUUUUGUCACUUUUCUUGUUCUCUUGAUCUUACCUUGCUUUACUUCAAAGUCUGUCGUUUCAGUAGCCCUUUAACUUUGUUUAGCCAUUUUAAAAGGGGAUAACACUGAAGCACAUAUUUCUAGUAUUAGUUUAAAAAUGAAUAUUGCUUCAUAGACACUUCAUUUAUUUAUUAAUUAGAUUGUUCAAACUUCAUAGCAUUGAGUGAGGUUUGUAAAUAAUUUGUGGUUAUGUAUCCCAAAAUUAGUACACAAAAUGUAUUACGUGUCUUUUUUUCUUUGUUUUAAGUAACUUAAGCACAGUCUGUAUUUUCUAGAUAUGGUCUACACUCAGCCAGUAACCAGAUUUAAUACGGUGAUGGUUUUUGUGUCUGUCCUUGCUUGUCACAUUGCUGCCUAGUUUGGAUCGUCUGUUUGUGCAGUAUCAAGAAAUAGUGUUUUAAUUCAUGCCAGCAUAUUUACAUUACUGUCCUUCUGUGAAGGGAAUUUUUUUUUCUCGAUUAUUUACUAUAUUAAAUAGUCUUUUUAUUGUGACUGUUACAAUUCAGAUGGGCUUUGAACUGCAAACAGCGUCUGCUUCGAGGAAACAGGGACAAAUGAUCAAUACACUCCAGUUAUAAGUGAUGUGUCCUGAUGUGAAACCCAUCUGAGACUUUCAUCCUAAUUCAACACUGUUUUUCAAUCUAAUCCAGAAACAUUUCGGGUUUUUUUUUUCUUCAGCAAGAAGAUACAUCACUUCUAACAGAGGAGGAAAAAACAUUAAAUGGACAAAGUGUCAUCCAAGAGAAACAGAAUCUGUCUUUACCCUGAAAAGUGUAUUUUAAAAUGUUUGCAGUUAAAAAAAAAAAAAAAAGACAACCUUGAAAACCAGACCUUUAAACUUGUACAUAUUACUUUAAUAAAAUACAACCAUUAUGUUAGA